CCUUAACCCGGUUUACUCACCCACCCGUCCGACUUGACCCAUCCACUUUUACUCUCUUAAAUUCUUAAUUAGUAAAAGGCCGAAAGGCAGGGGCCAACGUCCACCGUCAAAGCGCCGCUUGAAAGUCGAAACUUUCCCGAGAAAAUCAAGGAAAGAAAGCGAGAGAGAAAGAGAAGGAAAAUGGCUGGGAGCUCUAAUACUUGGGCCUAUGCCCGGAUCAUCACCGGAACCAUUCUCGGUGGCGUUCUCGGCUUCUACGUCAUGGACCGCGUCGAGAAAAGCUACAAGGAGAAAGUGAAGGAGAGACUGAGACAGUACGAAAGUGAAUUGAAGAAGAAAGAGAAAUUGAAUGAGUUUGAAGAGUCUAUGUAGACUGUACCCUACCAGUGUUCUAUUUUCUUUUUUCUUCUGCUUGUGGUUGUUGAACACAAAAAUGUUGAAAUUUUGAAUCAUAUGUUUUUGUAUUUGGACUUAGCCAGUACUGGAGUUUGAUUCGAAUGAGAGUGUAUAUUUGAGGAAGAAGAGCCCAACUUUCAAGACCCAUCAAGCCAAUUUGCUUU